CCUGUGUGCGGAUAACGGCCAGGCCGCCUCGCCGUCGCGAGAGUUUUUUGGCACACGUCAGCAUGACGUCAGAGCAAGGCGGACGUAACUCGGACACAUUUCUAACCGGCAUGCAUCUUGCGCUGAUCACCGGUGUUCGAUUCUGCGCAGAAUUUGCCCACCUCAAACAAGCUUACGGUGUCUUUUAUUUUGAAACUAUCGCGUCGUUUCCGUUUUUAGGCGCUUCAGAAAAUUACCGCGGAUUCAAUAAGCGCAGAAAAUGAUCGGUGCGAGCUUUAUGUGUGGCGAUAAAACACGAUGUCCUCCAGUGAAAGUGUUAUCCAGCCAGCUGCGUGAGGGAAACGAGUGUCAGGCAUCAAAUGGAAAGCCAGAGUAUGUUAUUAAAAGACUGGGUUCAAACAAUGCCAAUUUAUUACGGCUUUCUGUGGUUUGGAUGCAGGGGACAGUGGUGGAGCUCCAAUGUGAUCUCAGCACCGUACUGAUGCUGGACGAGACUGGAAACUUCCUCGUCACUGGCGUUAACAACGUGCCAAAGGGAAAGCCGUGUCUUAGUCCUGGUAAAUAUGUAAUGAUUAUGGGGGUCAUUCAGUCUCAUAGUCCAGAACCAGUGCUGCGUGCAGUGAAGAUGGCAGAUCUUUCUGACAAUGCCACAAUUCACAGGAAAAACUGGAUGUAUGAAGUGGAAGAUCUCCAGCAGACUUUGCCAUGAAGCUUACUUCUAUUU